AUGGACAACUUACCCCCUUCUUCCUCACCCGCCCCUUCGUCGGGUCCAUCUUCCCCAUGUUCCUCAAGAGUGCUGGACCCGUUUGCAGCAAUAUCUACUACAAGGCGAACAGAAACGUGGAUCCCACCUUCAGAGGCGCUGGGAGCCAAGAAACGUCGUAAUAGGAGUCCAGCAGAUUCCCCAAAUUCAAGCCCAAUCCACCGAAAACGACAGAGACAGACGGAUUAUGUACACCCAAGCAGUCCCUUUGGGAGCGGGAUAUUCCCAACGAGUAGCAGCCCCCCAGCGUUUGGCAACAUCACCCCUCCUGCCUACAAAUCCGUGGUACCUAGAAGUCCAGUCAGGGAGUCUCUGUACGAAAAGGAGGAGAGGAUUUGGAGUACUGCGAUCUCACAGCUCGUGGACGAGGUGGGCGAGACUGGUGUCGAAUUGAGCAAUUCGGGAUUGACAUUUAUCUCCCCAGAGGUUGCGAGUCUAGCUAAUAUCGUGCGACUCGCGCCGCUCAGUCCGCCUUCACCAUCCGUCGCCAGGACCCAUUCGCUCCCAACAAACUCGCCGGGACCCACCCGCCAAAUUCAGAGAGUCAGUACCACGGCGAUUAGCAUAAGUAACAAUGCCAAACCUGGCAUGACCCCCGUGCAACUGUAUCUAUCGGGCAAUCAAAUCGCCACGCUCCCAUCAGAAUUAUUCAGAGUUGAAAACCUGACUGUUCUUGCACUCCGAAACAACCGCCUCAAGGUGCUUCCGCCUGCCAUAGGCGCAUUACGAAACCUUUCUGAGCUCUUGGUCGGAGGUAACCAGCUCCAGUUCCUCCCAUCUGAGAUUGAAAAGCUCCCUCUCAAAUCUCUUAACCUCCACCCGAAUAAGUGGCUGGAGUGCACCGAGGAGAAGAGCGCAGAGAAGAGUAUCCUCUCACUGCUCGAGACAAACUUUCUCGUCCCUUCGUUGGCGGAGCUUUGCGUGCGGAUUCUGCUCUCCUUUAACAGUGGAAGCUCUAAAACCGUCAUGGACGAAAUGGAAUCCAGCACAGCAAACUCGGUAGGGACUCACUACAUCAAAUACUUUGCCGCGACAUGCAAGCCCACCACUGUCUCCAAUCCCAGAGACUUGGAGACCUCGCUGAUGAUGGAUCCCUUGGCACCCCGCAAACGACCCGAGGAGAACGAUCCUCAGUAUGACUUGCGAUAUUCGGUGUGUCCCAACAAGGAGCAUGGCGUUGGCGUACGCAAGACGUUUAUAGCACCAGCGGAGAUUCGUUAUCGCUGGGUUAAGAAGAUUGGUGCAGCCGACACUGGCGGGAGGGUGCCUCUGCAGUAUCGCGGGUGUGGACCCGGAUGUCUCAACUUUCUGGAGGAGAUGUUUGGAGAUUCGGACGUAGAAGAACCUGGGGAUGAUGAUUUCGAGUUUUAG